UAUAAAACGAUUUUUUUUUUUGAAACGCGAAAAGAAAGCAGAUUCAAAGUUGUAUACGGUUUUGGAUUUGUUCUUGCUGAAAAAGCAGAGAACUCGAUGUUAAAUCGAAAUGCCGAGCAUUAGAGCCCCUGCUACGAAGAAAGCAACAACUCUAACGGUUGCCGUGAAAUGCAGACCGUUAGCGGAGAAGGAACGUGGCCGCGACAUUGUUCGAGUGAUCGACCACAAGAAGGUGCUUGUUUUAGAUCCCGACCUGUCAAAGGAUUACCUUGAACGCAUACAGAAUCGAACCAAGGAGAAGAAGUACAGUUUCGAUUACGCAUUUGGUCCCGAUUCUACAAAUUUGGAUGUUUACACAAAAAGCAUAUCUUCUGUAAUUUCUGGGGUUGUUCAAGGCCUCAAUGCAACUGUCUUUGCAUAUGGUUCAACUGGAAGUGGUAAAACCUACACAAUGGCGGGGACCAAAGAUGAUCCAGGACUCAUGGUUCUCAGUCUGCACAGAAUUUUUGAUCUAAUCCAAAGGGAAAAGAGCUCUGAUGAAUUUGAAGUUACGUGUUCCUAUCUUGAAGUCUAUAAUGAGGUCAUCUACGAUUUGCUUGAGAAGUCAUCUGGCCAUUUGGAAUUGAGAGAGGAUCCAGAACAAGGAAUAACUGUGGCUGGAUUAAGAUGUAUCAAGGUUCACUCAGCUGAUAAGAUCCUUGAACUCUUAAACCUUGGAAAUAGUCGAAGGAAAACUGAAAGCACAGAGGCUAAUGUAACAUCCUCUCGGUCACAUGCAGUUUUGGAGAUAAUUGUAAAAAGAAAACAGAAGAACAAGUAUAGGAAUCAAGUAAUGCGGGGAAAACUUGCGCUUGUGGAUCUUGCUGGCAGUGAAAGGGCUUCUGAAACAAAUAAUGGAGGCCAGAAGUUAAGAGAUGGAGCUAAUAUCAAUCGUUCACUUCUAGCUUUAGCAAAUUGCAUUAAUGCUCUUGGGAACCAGCACAAGAAGGGUCUUGCUUAUGUUCCUUACCGAAAUAGCAAAUUGACGCGAAUUCUGAAAGAUGGUUUGAGUGGUAAUUCUCAAACUGUCAUGGUUGCUAGUAUAUCUCCUGCGGACAGUCAGUAUCAUCACACUGUUAAUACCUUGAAAUAUGCAGACCGAGCAAAAGAAAUAAAGACGCACAUCCAGAAAAAUAUUGGUACAAUUGAUACCCAUGUUUCAGACUACCAGAGGAUGAUUGACAGUCUUCAGAUUGAGGUUUGCCGGUUGAAGAAAGAACUAGCUGAAAAGGAAUCACAACUAAGCAUCAAACCUGCUGAGAAAGCUGUUGACGAUGAGCUAUCUUGGUUGAAUACUUUGAGCCAUGAAACCAGUGAAAAUGUUCAAGAAAGGAUAAACUUACAGAAGGCACUGUAUGAACUUGAGGAAACUAACCUUCGUAACCGUACCGAACUCCAACAUCUUGAUGAUGCCAUUGCAAAACAACAGGCUAUUGAAAAAGAUGGAUCCGCUGUUGAGGCUUUGAGAGCAAGGCGGCAAGUCAUUCUAGAUAAUAUUCGUGACAAUGAUGAAGCUGGUGUUAACUACCAGAAGGAAAUUGAAUCCAAUGAGAAGCAUCGAUGCCAGCUCCAAGAUAUGAUUGAGGAGGCCAUUAGUAAUAAUGGAAAUAAAACAUACUUGCGGAUUCUUAGUCAAUACAGGCUCUUGGGAAUGGCUAAUACGGAGCUUCAAUUUGAAAUGGCAAUGAGGGAUCAAGUCAUCCACAACCAACGGGAAAUGGUAAGAAACAUGUGGGACUUGCUCAUGGGGCUAGGACUCGACGAAAGACGGAUAUUGGACCUUGCCGCCAAGAAGGGUAUAACAAUAGAGGACUGGACUAUGAAACCACAUCUUGGUCUUUCAACAAUAAAGCGGUCAUCAGAAUUAGCUUUUGGCAGAAGUAGUCUAUCUGGAUAUUUCCCUGGCAUGGGCCUUUCAUAUUCUAGGCAAUCUUGUGUCUUUGAACGGUGUCAAGAUUCUGGCUCAAGGUCAAUGCUCAAGGAAGGUGACGAACCAACUCAUGCUUUUUGUAGAGAGGAGCAUCAUAGUUCCUACUUUGUGGUAUCUCAUGAUCACUCCCCUUCAGCAUAUAUGAAUACGAGGAAGAGUAGUGAGCAUUGGGUUGGUGGCAGGUCAAAUUUAUGUUUUAGUUCUCCUGAUAAACAUCCUCAAGAUUUGCGGAAGUCGUGUCCAGAGAUGAGAAUUCAUUCUUCACCUUACAGUGAAAGCUGCAUAUCUGCUUCCGCUCUCACUGCUGCCAAUUUUGGCAAGCAAUAUAUGGAUGGAUGGAAUAGUACUUUGAGGCAAGAAAUGUUCAACGGUCCGCAUGCUGUCACGAGCAGUGGUCAAGGUAGAAUGGUUAACCACGGAGCAACAGCUCGAUGUUUGUUUGGAUACAACAGGCCAUUGGAGCAAGGUUCUGGAAUUGUAAACUCUAGUUUCAUUGUCCCAAGUACUGAAUGCUCAAAUCCUCCAGAAUUUUCCAACAUGUCUCCCUUUGCUCCCGCAACGACAGUUUCAUUCGGUUCCCGCAACUCUAGCCCCAAUGGUAAUCCUCCGAUUCCUCACGGUUUUGUAUAGGCUUAUCCAUUCGCCGCCAUUUUCUUUCCCCACUUUUCGUACCGUCUUUCGAGUUCUAUUCCCCUUUCUGAUUUACUCUCUAGAAUGUACAUAGGUGUAGUGGUAGUAGUUUCAGAGAAUCUCUACUCAGCCAAAAAGCUGGAGUCUCUGCAUUUGUAGGUUUACACGGCUGGUGAUUUCUUUGUAUAGCGAAGGAGGAUGAGAAAGUUGGGUUUUUGGAUAGGAGAAGGGUGUUUUGGCUUAGUCACUCAGUUGUCAACACACGGAAUGUGGCUAGUUCUGUUGUUGUACAUAUUGUGAUGAUCAAAACUGUGUAGAAAUGUCCUAUAGUGCUCAAUUUCACUGCUAUGCAAGCAAUUGUCAAGAUUUUUUUUUUCUUUCUUUUUGUAUAGUUGUUUUUCUUUCGGGAUUUACCUUCUUUUAUA